UCUAUAGCUUGGCUUUUUUUGUGGGUGCAAAAAUAUGGGCGAGAUUGAUACCAAACCUAUUGAACCUGUACAGGUUGCACUGACCAUGUUUGGAGAAAAGAGUGAACAGAGGAAACACCGGCCUGGCAGUGGCUGCAGCGGUGAUGAGAUGGAUAAAGAGAAGGAUUUUGAAGGACUACGAAAGGAUUUGGCUAAUUACAAGGUGCAGCUGGAAGCCAAAGACGCUGCCUACUUGCAGCUGUUACAUAAAUUGGAGCACUACCAGAAAACAGCUGAUGAACUUUCUACUCAGUUGAAGAAUUCUGAGGUUGAGAGAGAUGUCUGCUUAGAAGAACGUAGAGAAGCUAGAUUUCGGAUCGAUGAACUUGAGGCCAAGAUAAAGGAGAUGGGUGAUCAACUUUUAGAAUCUGGAAAAAUAAAGGAGCAGCUUUCACAUGUUUUAGGUGAACUGAAGGCUGCGCAAGGAGAGUUGCUUAGUAUGGAAAUGGAACUUGCUGCUGCCACAGAAGCAAAGCUAAAGGCCUUGAUGCAAGCAGAACUGAUGGAAUCUGCUGCCAACAUGGAAAAGGAGAGAGCUGAAGAGCUUCUAAAGCGUGUUAUUGACCUCAAUGAAGCUGUUUUUCUGUCAAAACAGGCUGCAGAAACGGUUAAGUUCUCAACUUUAUCUGAGAAAGAUGCAGAGACAAAGGAGGCAUCAGAUACAGAAGCUCAAACACAAAAAAUGUUGGAGGACAUGAAAACACUACAGGAAAUGAUGCAAGAAUUGGAAAAUAAGCUAAGGGCCAAGUCUGUGUUCAUUGAUUCGCUGCAGGUGGAACUCAAUCAAGCAAAUGAACUACUUAGGUCAUCUGACAAAGCUGUUUCUGUUGUCAUAAAUGAUUUGAACCAGCUAAAAGCAGAUUUGAAAGGCAAAGAGAAAGAGAACUCUGAUCAAGCAAUUUAUAUUGGGGAACUGGAAAAUGAAAUGAAUCAGUUAAAACUAGAACUGAAGAAUGCAAAUGAUGAGGUAACUCACUUGAACUGCGAGGUUGAAAUGCUCACAGAUAAGUUGGAGAAGGUAAAAUCUGAAAUGGAAGAAAUCACGGAAAGAGAGAAUGAUGCACAUAUUGAGAUAUCGUUGCUGAAAGCUGAGCUUCAUAAAGGAAGAUCAAAAAUUGCAGCAGCAGAGGCAGCUGACGCAAGAGCUGGGAAUGUUAAAUCAGGACUACAUCUUGCAGUUCAGGAACUAGCAGUCGAAGCAGAAGAAGCCAAGAAAGAAAAUCAAAGGUUAAAACAAGGAUCAGAUAUGGCAGCUGAAGAACGCCUUGACAUUAGCUUGGUGGGCACCGGGUAUGAGAAAUCUUUUUACGCUGUAGAAGCUGAAAAAAGUAGAGAUGAUAAUGAUCGAAACAUAACAAUUUCGCUAGAAGAGUACGAGUCCUUGAUUAGUAGGGCUGCGAAGGUCAACCAAUCUGCAGCAAAAGACUUAAAUCGGUUAGAGAACAGGAAUGAAUUGGAGACACUCAAGAAAGAAUUGGAAGUUGCAACUGCGAAAGUUUCAGAGUUCAGGACUCGUACCGAACAGGCAGUUACAAGAGCUGAAGCAGCUGAGAGAGCCAAAUUAGCACUUGAAGAUCAGCUAAGAAAGUGGCGAGAACAGAAGAAGAGAAGAAAGGCUGCAUUAGCUGCGCUUAGGGAAGAAUCAUUAUCGAGGGAGUAUGGUUCUUCCUCAUACGACAAAACACCAACAAAUUAUCAGCCAUUGGGUAAGGUUCUGAACAUGGAAUACUAAUCUUUGGACGUGAACUCUUAAAUAAUAUCAUUGAGCAUAAAUCAAAGUUUGAUAAUCAUGGUCCUCAGUCAUUUUGCUUGUAUUAAGACUAUCUAUGUUCUGUAUUCAUAGUGCUAAUCAAGCGGUUGUCUGCUGAAGAUGCAUUUCGGUGGCAUAUUUGCACCAGGGGAUGCAUCCUUUUCUUGGGAUGUUAAUGGGCCUUGGAA